GUCUGUCUAGGUUCACUUCGUAUUAAACCAGCUCUCGAAGCAUAAAUAAGACCAUACCCCACAACCCUUUUGCUUACAAAAAAUUAUUCGAGAGAGAGAGAGAGAGAGAUCAUCAUGGGAGAGGUUGAUCCAGCCUUCAUUCAAGACCUUGAGCACAGGCCAAAGCUUGAGAUCAUCAAAGCAGAAGGAAUACCCUUAAUUGAUUUAUCCAUAAUUAGUUCUCCUAACACCAACUUGGAUAACUCUCAAGCACUUGAUGGUCUGGUUAAGGAGAUAGGGAAUGCAUGCAAGAACUUGGGGUUCUUUCAAGUGAUCAAUCAUGGGGUGCCUCUUGACAAGCGACAAAAGAUUGAGAAUGCAUCAAGACAAUUUUUCGGUCAGCCAUUAGAGGAGAAAAGGAAGGUUAGGAGAGACGAGCGGAAGGUGUUGGGUUAUUAUGACACCGAGCAUACCAAAAAUGUUAGGGACUGGAAAGAAGUGUUUGAUUUUGCUGUGAAGACUCCAACCAUUGUACCAUCCUCGUAUGAGCCUGAUGACAAGGAAGUUACCGAAUGGUUAAAUGAUCAGUGGCCCGAGUAUCCUCUUGAACUAAGGGAGGCCUUGGAAGAAUAUGCUAAAGACGUGGAGAAACUAGCCUUCAAGUUGCUGGGGCUCGUUGCCCUGAGUCUAGGCUUACCAGAGAAUAGGUUCCAUGGAUUCUUUGAAGACCAAACCAGCUUCAUUAGACUCAAUCAUUAUCCCCCUUGCCCUGUUCCACAACUAGCUCUUGGCGUUGGUCGACACAAGGACGGUGGAGCCUUGACCAUCCUCGCUGAAGAUGAUGUUGGGGGACUAGAAGUCAAAAGAAAAACAGACGGGGAAUGGAUUCGAGUUAAGCCAACCCCGGAUGCCUUUAUCAUCAAUAUUGGUGACAUUAUCCAGGUUUGGAGCAAUGAUGCUUAUGAGAGUGUGGAACAUAGAGUUAUGGUGAACUCUGAGAGGGAAAGGUUUUCCAUUCCGUUUUUCUUCAACCCGGCACACUACACUGAUGUGAAGCCCCUGGAGGAGCUGACAAACGAGCAAAACCCUGUCAGAUACAAGCCAUACAACUGGGGAAAGUUUUUUGUCACGAGAAAGCGCAGUAAUUUCAAGAAGCUUGAUGUAGAGAACAUCCAAAUUUAUCACUUCAGGAUACUAGAGUCCGAGUUAGCUGAUAAGCUAGAGGGAGCACUGUCCAUCAAGUAACAAGAAAUCACUACCUUCUACAGAAAAAAGUCUCUUCUAUGAGAUUCAGCAGUAUCGUGUAUAAAAAUAAUGGGAUUUGGUAUGAAUAAAGGUACAAUAUUGCGUUA